AUGUGCUGACAUUUAACGUUUACAUUUUACGUUUAAAGUUUGCGCGGUUUGUCACUUGCGAUAAUUCACUUCGAUUAUCGAAAUCGCGCCAAAUACUCGCGGUCCGUGUGGCACUGUUCAAGACAAACUACGCGAACGGAGCGAAGACGUUUCGUUUUUGAACCUCGUAAGGAUAACAAGAAAAUAAAACGCCGGCAGUGCGAAAAAUCGAAAGUUCUUCACCAACACAUAUUUACCGCCACACGUCAUCGGAAUAUUCUUUUCCACGAUUUCAGGAUGUGUAAUGUUAUCACAUGGUGAAGACAGCUUGCGAAUGUCAACGAUCAAUAGCAUCGCGAAAAUGAUUUGGUGACUCAUAUGUCAAAAGUUUCGCAUGAACCAUGGUGUCGGGGGAUAACGAGAGGCUACUGCCCGAACCCGAAAAUUACGCCAAGUGUUUUUACGAUCUCUUCAAGAACGUCGCUGAGGCGCAAAGAAGCAAGGGAGAAUGGAGGAAGUGUAAAAAAAAUAAAACCAUUCGUAAACGAGACAAGAAAAAGAUUGGAGAAUUAAACGGAGAAUUAAAUUAUAAUAAUCCACCUGAGAUAGAAACAUCUUGUAAUGCCUCAGCAUUUGCCGUGUUUGCUAGUGUGAGAAAUGCUAUUUUAGAAAAAUAUGCAAAAUUGUCGAGUGAGGUUUAUAGAGCAUCAAACUGUAAUUCUCCACCGCCCGAGCUUAGCGAUACUAUAGAUACAGAAAGUGAUGAUGAAGAUAGGAUAUCAACUAUACAAAAUUUACCAAAGAUUGUAGGUAUCGGUUUAAGAAGCGUUUUCACAUUGAUGCGAGAAAGUAGAACAGUUGAUCCAAUUUUAUGUACAAAAGCAUUGUCGGCUUUAUUGGAUGUUUUGCAAGGGCAACUACCUGAAGGCCUUAAAUCCGAACCAGAUGAUGUCAUUGAUCCAUUAUUCGAUCUGUUACUGGAUCUUGCGACAUCUCAUGGUCCUGAGUCAGCUGCUGCCAAUGAUGGCAGUCACUUGACAGCUGUUGCUUGCGCGUGUUUGUUGAGUCUUGUUGUGGUCAGAGGAGAUACUGGACGAUUGUUGGCAGCAAUAGCGGCUUUGCUCAUGUCUCCAAGAGCAUUAGCAGUACAAAAUAUUCAGAUGCCAUGUGUGUUAACGUCUCUGCAGAGAAGUAUUCACGCUGUUUUAUUAGGUAAACUCGUUAGACCAGAUUGGAUUACAUAUGGAGUUCCUAAAUGUUCCAAGAUAUAUACUUCUACGCUUAAGUUACCAAAUGAAAUGAACAAUAUGGUGCUGAAUGAGCGCAGCUUUGUAAGCGAUGGAAAGUACUUAUAUUUGCACACAUCUCGUGGAUUAUUGAAAAUUGGAAGCGGCCACGGUGGUACAAUAUGGGGGCAUAUAUACGUACAUAAGGCAGAUUUUUAUCCAACAGAAAUAGGAUGGCUCGGCUAUGCUAAUAAUUCAUUAUAUUUCAAAUGUGCACCGAGAAAGCAGAGUGAAUUAUUAAUUAUCAAUGCAGAAACGCUUAUAGUGACAGGAAUUGCUGUAUUAGAGGGAAAAGAUUGGUCAUCCUCUGUCAUGUUCUCCGAUGGCGAAAAUUUAGGAAUGAUAACGGCGGGAAAAGAUGAUGGCUUUGUGGUGCGUACAAUAAAUACAUUGAGUAAUCCUGUAACAGUUGCUUCUGAACUGCCACUGAAAUUGGCAAGGAAAUGUGUAGAUAUAUUCGGAUAUGCGUCAUUUGAUGAAGAACAAGCGAUACAUACUUUAAAUCCAGGAUGUGACGACGAAAUUGCAAUGGUUACGGCAGGAAAAGAAUUUGGUUUACUUAAAACAGUAUCUGGAAAAUUGUUGUAUAGCGGAAAAGGAACUUGCCUAGGAAUGAAGAGCAAUACAAGGCCUAAUAGGUGGCUGGAACUUACCUUUGGCAAAGGUCCGAGGAUUGCGCAUUUCGCGGCAGGUCACGAUGGUCAACAUGUUAUUAUGGUAAUGGAGGAUGGCUCUGUAUUAUUUGCCGGUACCGCUAGACGUGGGGAAGAUGGAGAUAGUAAUAAAGCUCGUAGGCAACCAAAACCUGUGAAACCAAAGAAAAUGGCGAAAGUGGAAGGUCAGUUUAUCGUAGAUGCCGCGUGCAAUAAUGGAUCUACUGCUUUAGUGACGAAAGACGGCUCUCUGUUAAUGUUCGGCAAGGAUACAUUACAUAGUGAUCCAGUGACAGGAUUAGUUACCGAUUUAAGGGACGUGCUUAUAGUUCGCGUGUCAUUAGGAAAGGCUCAUGCCGCUGCUUUAACCAAUAAAGGGCAUUUGUACACAUUCGGCAUCAAUAAUAAAGGACAGUGCGGUCGUGAUUCUGCUACAGUGCAUACCGUGAAUAAAGAGAUGGCUGUAGUUGCGAUGGAAAUGGGCACAGGAGAGGACGAACUGAUAAUAGCGGAAGAGGAGAGUGUGGAUCCCGUGGAAGAUUGGGAGGAAACGAGAGGAAUGUGUCCGCCGGGGCAACAUCAGUGGAGGCAUCGCGUUUGCAUGGUUUGCACGAUAUGCAGAGAAUGCACUGGCUAUAGUAUAUCGUGUUUGAGUAGUAUACGUCCCGAUCGGAAUCCUGGCCAGGAGUGCGGCUGCGGCGAAGGAGACAGCGGAUGCGCCGAGUGCGGAUGCUGUCGCACCUGUGCGAGAAAGAGUUGCAGCAACGGUAUAUCGGGCUCCAACUUCCGAGAGUACCUGCAAAGACGACUGGGCGAAAUAAAGCAGCGGCAAAGGAGCAAGGCAGGGCCAAGUGUCACUACUGUCAAAUAUGGAGUGAAGAUCAAAGGGGUGAACAAUCAACGCGUGGCCGGCCCCAGUAUCUCGCAGAAGGGAUUUCCGGAAAAAGUGGCAUUAGGAUUGGGCGGUAAUCUUGCGGCCGAAGAAGCCGUUGGCGGCAGCGACGUGGAGAGAGGAGACGCGGCGAGGAUCGCUAGUAUAUCACCGGCCAGAGUUCCCAUACCUAGCGAAAGUCCCGUGAUUCAAGUGUCCUGCGGUUUGCAUCACACGGUAUUACUUUUGCAAAACGGAGAAGUGUAUACAUUCGGUAGUAAUAUAUACGGCCAGCUAGGCGUCGGGGAUUUAGUGACGCACGCGGGACCGGUUCAAGUUAAAUUACCGACCAUUGCCACUCAGGUGGCCGCGGGGAGCAAUCAUACCGUCGUACUCACGUCAAAGGGCGAAGUGUAUACGUUUGGCGCGUAUCAGAAGGGACAACUUGGUAUGAAUUGGUGGAACGGUCAGAACGAAUCUACGAACACCUCCCAAGCGAACCGUCGUGCCGAUCGAUCGCAACCGUGGCACAGUUUUCCGAAUGUGGUUCCGAACAUCGGACCGCGAUGGGGCAGACGAGCGACGUGGAUCGGCGCCGCUGGUGAUCAAACUUACGUUAAGAUAGACGAAAUAAAUUCCAUCAGUUUAACGAGAAGCACCGUUAUGGCAAACAAGAAUUGCAUCAUUUUAAUACCGCAUCAGAACGAGCACGCAAAUUCUUUUAAAAGUCUAGUGAUAAGCAAACGUGACGGAACGUGCAACAGUUACAGCGGCGCGGAUCAGGUCGACUUCAGCAAUUGCGCAGCGUGUUUGGAUCCUCUCUACAAUGUUAUCUGGACAUUCAAUUCAGCGAAUAAUGAGAUAAGCUUGUACAAUAUAAUAUCAACGGAAGCUCGGACGAUACCCGGUUUAGAAGCUUCCAUACUCAAUCCAGGCCUGGCGCUUCCGGUUGUCCCAACUUGCUUCGUGACUCGUUCUCAAGCCGCGAUGCAUUUAUUAGCUUGUUUGGACACCUUGACGCAGGCUCAAGAUGAAAAUCUAUCGAUAGUCGAAGAGAACGAAUGCAAUCCAUCGACGCACGGCAAGGUCUACAGUCGCGAAGACUUUGCCACCGUCAGCAGGUUUGAGAGUCACGGCGGAGGAUGGGGCUAUUCCGCUCAUUCGAUCGAAGCGAUUCGAUUUAUGCCCGACACGGACAUUUUGUUGGGAGGAUAUGGAUUGUUCGGUGGCCGCGGUGAAUACACCGCAAAGAUAAAGCUCUUCGACAUCGGGAUCGAUGGCGGGGACCAAGAGAACGACGGAGAACUUCUCGCGGAAACGGAAGAGAUCCCGUACGAAUGUGGACCGAGGCAGAAGUAUUCGAUUCUGUUUGAUGAGCCUAUUUCUCUGCAAGCGAACAGGUGGUACGUAGCGUGGGCCAAAGUCGGUGGACCGUCCAGCGAUUGCGGCUCCGGCGGGCAAGGAAUGGUCACGGCCGAAGAUCAGGUGAUGUUUUACUUUAAAUCUUCUAAAAGAUCCAACAAUGGUACCGACGUCAACGCCGGUCAGAUUCCGCAAUUAUUGUACCGCGUGAUCACACCUGAAAAUCAGACGUCGAACAGGCAGCGAGACCAAAUUGAGCCGGUUUACGUGCUAAAGAGGGAAUUCAGUAGGACCGUGACGAAGGAGUGCUUCCAAUCCUUGAUAUCUCUUCUUCAGUGGAGCUGGAACACGUUGAAAGCGGCACUGGCCGACGCGGCCGUUCAUAUCGCGUCGUCGACUCACGCGAUGCUCGAGAUGGAACGGCUGGUUUACAUAAGUAAAGCUAGUUUAAGAUUGCUCAGAACGUAUACCAAUGAAAUUUAUCCUAAUCACAUCAUAAAAAAGACACCGCCCGAAUCGGUGCGUCUGGCGGAAUGCAUAGGCGAAGUGCGGGCGUUGUUGCGCCAAAUUCUGUCUGAUUCUUUGCCGAUCACUCUGAAAAGCAAAGGAAAGACACGCUCUAAUAAAAGUUCCGGCAGUACUUUGGGAAACAAGAUGACCAACAGCAUACUGGACGAAUGCCACAAGACGUUCGUAGCUUGUUAUCAUGCUUUUUAUCCCACCGCGUAUCUGAAAUGGACAUCCUUGUGUGAGUUGUUAUCGGAAAUCGAUAAGGAACAAGGUACAACCACAAAGGACCGUCUUCUUUCCGCCGUUCUGGCUUCGUUGUGCAAUUCUGCAAUACGACUCAGAUGUACGUUUCCUAUACUGAGCAAUAUCAUGGAAAGCAGCGACAGUGUGAAACGACAGCUCAGUCCAUCCGACAAUGCUGGUCUUCUUAUGAUGAACUCCACGGAAACUCAUCAGUAUCCGAUUUUGGUGGAACAGAUCAGUUACAAGUCGCAAGUGGAGAGCUCUGGCAAGGAGAUCUUGAAUUGGUCGUUUCGCGAGGUGCUCGACAGAUUAUUGGAUCUAAUAUUGAUACCGAUCAAGAGGAACCUUUGUAGAGAAAAGACUCAUUCACUGUCCGAAUUGGUUCUUCAUUGCUGUUAUUUGCUGGCACGAGUUAUCGCCGAAUUGGCUGCGCAAUCGAGCGGAAACGAGGACGAGCUACAGGCAGCAUGCGGCAGACUCAUGUAUACGACGCCUUCGAGAUUCACAAGGACAAAUCAAUCGAGAUCGUGGAACACGGGUAACGGUUCUCCGGAUGCUAUUUGCUUUUCCGUCGACAGACCAGGCAUACUUAUAGCCGGUGUCGGUAUCUACGGAGGCGCAGGAAUAUAUGACUAUGAAUUGGAAUUGUUGGAUGAUCAAAAUAAUACCGGUAACGAUCCGUCGCAUACUCAGCGCUGGAGCAGCUUGGACUUUACGAGAGGAUCUUUCGGACCAGAUGAUUGUAUCAAUGAUGUGGUAGAAUUGAAAUUUGACAAACCAGUGCUUAUAAAAGAGAAUGUUAAGUAUGCCAUUAGAUUGCGAAAUCGUGGAGGACGUACCAGUAACGGCGACGGCGGCUUAAGCGUUGUGAAAGGAGCAGAUGGCACGACGUUUACCUUUACGGCUUGUUCCCUAAGUUUUAAUGGUACAACGCAAACUAGAGGACAAAUACCGCAUAUUUUAUACUAUUCGAAUCCACAAGAUUCCGACGGGCAACACACGAAUAAAGCCAUGGCGGAAGUGCAAGCGAGAAAGUGUACACUUGCCAUGACCGCAACAAUCAUUCAGCGAUCGAACGAGAUUUUCUCCCUGGCGCGAGAAAGAGCUGAAGAAGUAAUAGCGAAUGAAGUUCUCGGUAACGCGACUUUUGUAACAACUCUCCUGCCGCUAGUGAUGGCUCAUAUUAGUCCUCUAGCUACUUCAGAUCCCAGAAGCAGCGUACAAAUACUCACUCUGAUACAGGAGAUGUUACCGCACGUCGCUGCUUUGAACUUAUUGUCUGCGAUGGGAACUUCUCAAAUAUCUCAAGAUAGUGAAACUCAAUCACACUUUGCUCCUCCAAUUACUACUAGUCAUCAUUAUACUUGGUUAGAAAGCGAACAUCCUUAUAAACCCGCGACAGUGUCGUAUUACAAAGUCACUUUUCCGGAAACGGUGAAGUGGCUAACUGUUGAAUUUACUCCGGAGUGCGGAACGUCGCAACCAGAGGACUAUCUACAACUUUAUAUACCAAAUAUAAUUUCCAACUCCUCCGCUGGGACAGCUCUGAAUACUUUAAGUGAAGAUGCUCCUCUAUAUUGGCCGGUAUUGCAUAAAUUGAGCAAUGUUCAGAGUCAAUGGCCACAAAAUGCUGUUGUAUUAUCAGGAAAUGAAGUGAUAUUUUCUCUGGAAACCGCGUCUGAUUAUAUGAAGAAUGAAAGUUCCAUCACGUACGGUUUCAAAUGCUUGGUUAUUGGUUACGAUUGGAUAACGUCUGGCCAUGGUCUGAAAAAUUUGGAAAUUGAGUUGUCCUUCCUCGGAGGAGCGUGCGCUGCAAGUCUCAUGAAGAAAAAUUUAUCGUUACCUCCAGUAUCCUCGGAAGAAGUUGAAGAAGACUUGGAAUCGAUGCAGGAAACAGCAAAGAGGAUUUUCUCCGUACAUUCGGCAUUACUUGGACGAGGAUUUGCACUCGCGUCGUCUCCUACCGUUUCACAGGCUCUCGACGGCGUGCUUCCGUACAGUUGCCACUCGAACGAACGUCUAUUCCUUCGUGAUUUCGUCUCCUGUUCGGCGGGCACCAGCGGUGGCAGACUCGCGCGAUGGCUGCAGCCAGACAGCUUCGUCGAUCCUUCUCAAUGCGAAGCGCUUUACUCGCGGGAAGAAAUGAGAUGCGGAUGGCCGGCCAUCGUCACGGUGCUGACGAGAGAUCAAUACGGCGAAGUCGUGCACGUUCCCGGAUUGAAGAUCGAAGUCAAAGCUGUGCCGAUCGAUAAGACCGACAUCACGGAGUCCGAUCAGAGCAGGAAGAUCCGUCGUGUCUCUCAACCGGACCCCAUGACUUUCGGUGGUCAUCCGCAGCCGUCUCUGGACGUUCCGUACGAGGUGACCAUCAAUAACAAGAUGUGCUUCUACGCCAUUACCAUCAUGAAGGCCUAUCAGAAUUACUCGUUCGAGGAGCUGAGGUUCAUGUCGCCCGCCGUCAAGCGAUUGAGCGAGAGUAUGCUGGUGAGGCCUAACGGCGACGGCAGUUACAGCGCCACGUGGACACCGUCCUCCGUCGGCUGGUACUCGUUGAUGAUCACGGUAGACGGCUACAACAUGGAGGAUAAUUACAAAGUAGAGGUGAAGGAACCUCCGCAAGGUAUGCAACCGCCCACUCAGAACAUUGUCAAAAAACCGCAGCUUCAGCCAAGCAGACUCAGGAAGUUUGUGGCGAAGAAUAGCGCCGGCUUGAGAAUACGAGCCCACCCGUCGCUGCAGAGCGAACAAAUCGGAUUCGUCUCGGUUAACGGCACUAUAGCUUUCGUCGAUGAGAUCCAUAACGACGACGGUGUCUGGCUACGGUUAAACGCGGAGACGAUCAAGGAAUAUUGUCACAGCAGUCAUCUCGAGGCCUGGUGUUUGCAGUACAAUCAACAUUUGGGAAAAACUCUGCUCCUUCCUGUCGAGGAGCCAAAAUCUAUUUUAGAUCAAGUUAUCAAGGAGACUAUCCUGCGAAAACGCCCUGAUACUAGUGACGAAAAAAGGAAGACGGUAACCUUCGACGCCGGAAGAAGCAUGAUAGUCGUGAAAUGCGGUGCUUCCGGGCACAAUAUUAGAAGCAAACCGAGCUUGAAGGGCGCGCCAAUCGGUAUGCUAGCACUUGGAAAUACUGUGACUGUCGAGGAAUACUGUGUGAAUCACGAAGGAACUUGGGUGCGCAUCGAUGACGAUUCGGUGACGAAAUAUUGCUUUGACAAAGGCCGAGAAGCAUGGUCGCUCGCGAUUAACAAGCAAACCGGCGUGAUUUAUAUGAAACUUGAGCAAGAUUUAGAGAACGAUCCGAUCGAGAAAAAGCCGAUGAUUCCGGACCCGGCCGUCUCGCCGAGCAAUAAAGGUUUCGAUUUUUCGAUUCCUUCCGUCAGUCACGAAGGCUUCAACUUCACCGCACAAAAUUACACACCGGACACGGUGGAGUCCAUUGAAAGCUGCAACACGAAUCCCUUCAUUUUCGGCUCGUACAAUCAACAUGACUCGCCAGGGAGUGAGCGUUUCACACCGGAAAAAGCCGAUGGAACUCCAAAGUUCUCCAAACCUCAUUCUAAGGAAAGAGUAGCGAAAGAGCGCGAGAGGGAAGGCGGCGGAGGAAAGUUCAGCGUUCUUCAAAAAUGGCUGAGAGGAGAUGACAAAUGUCAUGGGGAGAAAAAAAGUUCUCCGGGCAGAGAUUUCUCUGAAUUCGUGGGCGUGUCUGUGAAGGAGUUGGUAAAAGCGAUGGGCGAGAGUCGCGCGAACGGCAACGGGGCGACACCACCGGAAACCCCGCGGCGAAUGUCAAGAAGUUCCUCGCCAAAGAAUCCCCAAGGUGGGUCACCAAGAUUUCACAGCCCGUCUUCUAGUCCGGUUCCGAUACCCGAAGCUGUGAAAACGGACGCUGAUACUCUUUCUGGGUCCAGUCGACAGCCAGCCGUGUCUGGCAAUUGUCUCUUCCCUCCUGCUGCUAACGCACCAGGUGGGAGAAGCGCGAUAGGAGGGGGAGAAAGUAUGAGUAGCAGCCCUGUGCUCUGCGGCUCCCCCCGAAGUGUCGGCCUCUCCCCUUUAGUGUCAGGAGGGAUGGUCGACAGCGUGACGUCGCAGCGUCGCGGCUCGACGCAGAGCGAUACAAGUGCCGUGGCGAGCAGCCUGACGCGAGAUCCAUCUCAGUCCCCAAGCGGUAUUAGCACCACUGCCAAUACGCGUGAUCUAUCACCGAGUCCGAGUUGCAGUUCUCUACAAAUGAGAUCCGAAGGCAGCAUAGCUAGUCCACCCGAUACUCCCAAGAAGGAGUGUGCUGAUACCCAGGAGAGUCCGCGUAAAGUGUCUCAAGCGCAAACACAAACGAGCCCUGAGAGCGCCACCACGGCUAUGAAAGGUCACUUCAGCAUUGGUUCGUCUGGAGUAAAGGACGAGCGACAUUCGCCGAAAAUGAGCAGAAGGGAUCAUAUAAAAGCUGUGAAAACGAGAGUGAAGCGCGCCAUGUCACCCGCUAACGCGCAUCAGAGUCCUAAUCCUAAUCGCACUCUGAAUUUGAGUAAGGACAAAGUGAAGGAAGCUAUUAGUCCUUCUGUGGCGGAAUGUUUGCGAGCCGUUUUCGCCGCGUUCUUGUGGCACGAGGGGAUCGUGCACGACGCCAUGGCGUGCGCGAGUUUUCUCAAAUUUCACCCGAGUCUACCGAAGCAGGGUGCGCUGGUCGUAACGCGACAAGCCGUCGUGCAAUCCAGCGACAAGCAGCAACAAGAGCAAAAGGCACGGCAACGACACUCCGUCGAAGUGACGAACGCCGGCAAUUACUUGCACAUUCAACCCAGUACAUUGGAGACUCUCACGCGUUCAGCGGCGAACGCUAACGCAAAUAGAAGCAGGAAGAAACAGGAGAAUACGAUCAAGGAAGAGAUUCAGGCAAACUCGGGCAAGCUCAGCUCUCUGCCCGAGUUUCACACGGUCGCAGUGCUACCGCCCGCAUUGAAGAGCCUGGUUUUCCUCUGGGAGGAACUCAGCACCAAUUGCCUGCAAGCCAUCGAGCAACAAUCGAUUCUAGCCAGUCCUAUAUCGCAGAUACAAACGAUGAAGCUGGCAAAACGGCCGAUACCGGAGAAACGUCCCAGGGAAGACAAAGUGAAGGAACGCGAGAAGAAAGGUAGCCGGAAGAAAAAGGAAUGGAAGCCGAUCGGAAGAGCGAACACGUCCGAGGUUUUAAUCGAACGUGAAACCAUCUGCGAACUCUGCGGUUUGAUGUUCCCGCAUCCGGUCACUUAUCAUAUGAAGAUGAUGCAUCCAGGUUGCGGUUGGCACGCGGGUGGCAAGGGAUACAACAGCGGCGGGAACUACUGCGUAGGAUGGGCGGGCAACUGCGGCGACGGCGGUGUCGGUGGCAGUUCGUGGUACUUAAUCUGCGACACGUGCAGAGACAAGUAUCUAAAGGCCAGAAAGAGCAAGUUUGCGAAGAAAUUCGUGAGCGGAAUUUCCAAAAGAAAGAACGGCACGAGCAAGAUUUUAUCCCCGAUUAAUAGUCCCAGCGGAAACGAAACUCAUAUCAUUAUGAAAAACAACGCGAUGUUUCUACUGGAUCUGGCUAGUGCUUCUGGCUUUAAUAUUCCGAAACAGCAGAGACGCCCUUCGCAGACUUUAUCAUCCGUCGCUGAGAAUUAUAGUCCCCCGGAGGCCACUGGGCCAUUCCCGCCGACUGGACCAUUCCAAUGUUUGCAAGCCUUAGGUGUUCAUCACUCACAGAGUCACGACGAGAGAUAUUACGAAGAAACACUGAGACGUGAAAAUGGACAACAAAAUAAUUACGAGGGAAGCGGCGGCGUGUUCAACAAUGCGAAUGGCAGACCACUGUCGGAGUAUCCCAUGAGCGACAGUGAUAAUGAAAGCGGCAAGAAUCGUAGCAUGUUCCAUAGAUCAGUGUCUAUGUCUACCGGUGCACCUUGGGCUAGGAAUAGUAACGACGGUAGAGUUGUUAUGAUGAGAAAACGGAAUAACAGCAGUGGCGAAAUGAAUAACGAAGCGGGCUCCUCACUUUUGUGUUAUCCAUCUGCAGCGCUGCAGAAAUUAGUGCCAUCAAUGGAUCAAUCUGCGAUAGUAUCUGCGAGUCAAAAUGAAGUGGCGAGUAACGAUCGAAUAGAGAUUCUUAUGAGACCUGUGAUGUUGUUCGUUCUUCAACAACACAACUUGCAGCAUCUGCAGCUCGCGAUGAAGCAAGCGUUGCGCCGCGCCGCUUGUCGAGUUUACGCGAUGCAGGCGUUAAAUUGGCUUUUAAGAAGCGUAACGCAACCAAUUUGUUUGCACGACUUGCUCUGGUGGUUUGUUUCGUCUCUUACACCGGUCAUUCCUUCUGAUAGCACGGAUGCGAAUGAUGAUGAUAAUAAAACAGAAAAGAAAGAAGAUCAUGAUAUCAUCGGUGUCAGUGAGCAUCCUUUGAGCGAUUUGGUAAUAGCUGGAGAAUCCGUCAAUCCGUUACCCACUGUGUUUCACACCUUAUUGCAAUCAAUUGCGGAUUUAAUGCUGUUACCGCCACUUGGUUCUCCAUUGCAACAAGCCGCGAUCCGAUGCUGGGGCAUUCGAUUCACGCCGGCGGAUCACAUGUUCCUGCAUAGAAGUCACGUAUUCAGUAAUAUCAGUAAAAUUCUGUCGCGAUCCGAGGAGGAGGAAGAUGUAACGAUGAGUAUGCACGAGAGCCAUCAAUCGACAGUUUCGCAACAGAUCAGUGGCUGCGUGGAAGCUUUGAAAGACUUAACAUCCAGCAUCGAAAUUAAAGCUUCCAGCAGGCAAGCUAUGAUCGGUAGUCUCACGGACAACUCGACCGAAACAUUUUGGGAAUCUGGAGACGAGGAUCGUAAUAAAACUAAAGUGAUUACUAUCGUCUGUGGUGCUCAUGCCUUGCCUAGAAUGGUAUACGUGCACAUUGAUAACUGCCGCGAUUUAACACACAAGGUUUCCAGCGUGACUUUCCUGUCUGGUGUUAACUCUGAUGAGAUGAUGAAACUGAGAUCUGUAGAAAUCGAAAGUAGAUCAGCCGGAUGGAUUAACUGCCCAAUCACUGAUCAACGUCAUGUUGUUGUGGGCAUGGAACUAAAGGGUCCUGAUAAUUCUUUGAGAGUUCGUCAAAUCAGAAUGCUAGGCGAGAUUGAAGGAGGAUCUUUGAAAGUGGGAAAGCAGUUAAGCGCGCAGACAAUUCAACAGAGAAAUUGCGAGGCAGAAACCUUGAAAGUAUUCCGCCUAAUCACUUCUCAGGUAUUUGGGAAACUUAUACAAGGAGAGAAGCAGCAACAGACUGAACCAACGGAAGGUGUUAAUGAUGAUCUGGAAGACAGUAACGAUUUACGAGAACAUAUGGUUGGAAUAUUAUUCAGCAGAAGCAAUUUGACACACUUGCAGAAACAAGUAUGCACUCAUAUUGUACAAGCGAUUAGGAAGGAAACUGUACGCUUGAGAGAGGAAUGGGAGACGCUUCUAUGUUCCCCGACACCCGCUAACAGUGUACUGAGCGACAACAGCGAUCUACCAAAAGCGGCCGACACUUAUUGCUUCGAAAUGCUUUCUAUGGUUCUCGCUUUGAGCGGUAGUUCUGUAGGACAAUAUUACUUAUCACACCAGACUGGAUUACUGAAAGAUUUAUUAAGUUUGUUGCACACUGGAUCGGCCAGAGUACAGCGACAGGUAACAUCUCUUUUAAGACGGAUACUGCCUGAAAUUAAACCUGAAACACUAGCGAGUGUUAUAAACGUCGAACGAUUGCCACCCACCGAUUUCAGUAUUGUAUCCGCCGCAAACAGCGGAUUCACCCACGUUUCAGGCUUCGACGAACAUUCCGCCGGAAUUCUCGACGUAUUUCUUAGUUGUAUCGCAAAAUCAUUGACUGUGCAAGUUAAAGUAAAGGGAAAAGAAAACAACGGCAAAGCGCUACAGACUGUUUCGUUGGCUACCAGCAUCCAUCCGAAGAGUGACGUUGGAUCGAGAUGGUGGCUGAGGGGUUGCAUGACGCGUAAGCUAGCGGAAGUGAUAAUUCAGUUGUUGAAGGACAUGGCAUCGGGCAAAUUGUCGGAGGAAUGGGCAUCUGUGACGAAAGCGGCCAUAGCUGAAAAUAUCUUGAAUUUGACUAGACUCGACGAGAAGAGUCGCGAUCCCACGGAGUGCCUUCGAUCUCCAACAUUGUGGUUGGCACUUGCAUCUUUGUGCGUUCUAGAUUCGGAUCAUGUGGAAAGACUGUCAUCCGGCCAAUGGAGCGGUUCAGAAGGACAACCAUUACCGCCUAGACCAACGUGUAGUAAUCACGACGACGACGAGACCACGGCUAUUAUUCAAUGCAACGUUUGCGGUAAUCUGUGCGCGGAAUGCGAUAGAAUUCUCCAUCUUCAUAGAAGAACUAGAACGCAUCUAAGACAAGUGUGCAAGGAGGAGGAGGAAGCGAUACGGGUGGACCUGCACGAAGGUUGUGGUAGAACGAAACUCUUCUGGAUCUUGGCUUUGGCGGACAGCAGAACGUUGAAGGCGCUCGUAGAAUUUCGUGACGGUUCGCCAAGAAAGCCGGUUGGCGUCACCACCGGUAUUUGUCGAUUUUGCGGUACGACGGGGAAUACGGGCUUGCUAGCGAUAGGCAAUAUUUGCGCCGAUCACGAUUGCCAGGAACAUGUUAAGAACGCUUGUAACAAGGUUCACUCUUGCGGCCAUAUUUGCGGGGGUGUUAGAAACGAGAGAACCUGCUUACCUUGUCUGCAUCGUUGCUUACCGGGGACCGAUUUAAAACAGGAUGCAGAUGACAUGUGCAUGAUUUGCUUCACCGAGGCCUUGUCCUGUGCACCGGCGAUUCAGUUGCAGUGCGGCCAUGUGUUCCAUUUGCAUUGCUGCCGGCACGUACUGAUGAAGCGUUGGGUGGGACCGCGGAUCACCUUCGGUUUCUCCCUGUGCCCAAUCUGCAAGGUACCGAUGGAUCAUCCGACCUUGGCCGAGCAGUUGGCAAGUGUGAAGGAACUCUACGAGGAUGUACGAAGGAAGGCUUUAAUGCGUUUGGAAUACGAAGGCUUGCACAAAGCGGAAGGAACUUUUGCUCCCGGCGGUCGCUAUCAGGACGCCGCCGCUUACGCGAUGGAACGGUAUGCGUACUACGUGUGCUACAAGUGUCAGAAGGCUUACUACGGUGGUGAGGCGCGUUGCGACGCACAACUAGGCGGGGAAGCGUUUGAUCCUGCGGAACUAGUGUGCGGCGGUUGUAGCGACGUGGCAAGAGCACAGAUGUGUCCGAAGCACGGGGCAGACUUCCUCGAGUAUAAAUGCCGAUACUGCUGUUCGGUGGCAGUCUUCUUCUGCUUCGGAACCACGCACUUCUGCAAACCCUGCCACGACGACUUUCAGCGUGUGACCACCAUUCCCAAAGGCGAACUGCCUAUGUGCCCUGCUGGUCCCAAGGCUAAGCAAUUGGACGGAGAUGAAUGUCCACUACACGUAAAACAUCCACCUACGGGAGAAGAGUUUGCUCUGGGUUGCGGCAUUUGCCGCAACGCGCAUACGUUCUAAGCUUCCAGUGCUUUCUUGUGAUUUUCAUGAAAUUGGAAUUGAACAUAAUUUAUAGUAGAUUAUGAGAAUGGAUGGCAUAGCUUUGAUCCGGUGAAGGUGUAUUUGUUAAGUAAUGGAUAAGUCGUUUUUAUCCGCAAAUUUAGUCAUUAUCUAUCGAUGAGAGACAAGCGCAUAAGCUUGCCUAUCAAACUUCCACAAGUGAAUCAAGAGGAAGCUUUGUAUUGGACGCAGAAUUAAUAGAUAUUCGUAAUUAUACUUAAGCAUUUUAUCAUAAAAUUAUAAAAUUCUCUCUAUUAUUUGAGAAAUAAUUGAUUUUGAAUAUAUCAGUAAGUAAUAUACUGACAGAUUAUGGGAUAGAUGAAGAUUGUGCAUAUUUAAGAGUAUGCAGUAAAUUAUCGCAAAUUCACUUAAACAGAACGGAUAAAAAAGAUGAAAUAAGAAUCAGAUUGUGUGUUUAAUUGAAAUGUCAACACAGAUAUAUUGAAAUCUAUAAUAGAUUAUCUAUUAUAUAAAUAUAAUUAUAAAACUAGCUAUAAAACACAAUAUAAUUAUAUUUAUAUUAUAUAUUUAUGUAGGCAUUUCAAUAUAUAUAUAAAUAAUAGACUCUUUAUGUCUAUACAUUUCGAAUGAAAUAAGUAAGUCCCUUGAACGUUGCAUUUCACAUGUUAGAUUUUUAUUUGUUUUUAUACUUUUCCAGGCGAGCGUAUAAACCGAUCUAUAAACCACUCUUAAUAUUAUUCUUCCUACUGUUUACAUAUUUGUAAUGUCUAUUAUUGUAUAUGUUAUUUACGCAGUUGACAGUAUCGUCAUUUUGUGGCAUCGUGUCGUAUAUGAAUGUUGCGUGUGAAUGAUAUUGCGCUGAACACACGUCGAUUGUUAUUAUUUAUUUUCUAUGCUUGUGAGAAUUAAAAAUCUAGUUGCGGAUGUUGUAUUGAUGACCUGUUCUAAUGUACACUAUUUAUUUAUUAAUCUAUAGACACACUACAACUUGGAAACCUCGCCAUUUUAUGUUUUGCCAAUGAUCUAUCGAACACAAUUCCAUAACGCAUAUUACACGCAUCAAUUGUUAUUAUUUAUGUUCUCAAUAUGUAAGAAUUAAAAGGCAAAGAAUCAAA